GACCGGUUCUUUAUUGGUCCGCUUGACCGGUCCAGGUGCUCGCAUCAAUGGCAGACGCCAGCCGCCAUUAAUCAAUCCUGCAAAGGUCGAAGCCCACUGAGAAUGGAGAAUUACAUGCAUCACAACUUCUUCGAGAGGCGCCCCAUAAUCAAGUCCAGGGCUCCUGCUGUUAAAUGGGUCAAGGAAUGGGUGUCACAAGAUGUUGUUGCCACUGGAGGGAAGUGCCGCCUUCUAAGAUGGGUUAAUGGUUGGUUUCUGUUUAUAGUUUUCACUUCUCCUUUUAAUUUACAGGGUGACAAACAUUUUUUUUAAUCUGGUUGGAGUGUGGUGUUGGCUAGAUUUGAUAACGGACAUGCAUAGUUCCGAAAUGAUUAGGAAUAUUUUCUAUGGGAGGAGAAGUUUGUUCUUACAAAAGUGUUAGAAAUCUUUUAGUCUUUUGGUAGUUUUUGUGAUAAUGCAAAUGGUUUUGUAACAUAGGUAUCUUUUUGUUGUAUUAUUCCAUUAUGAAUGAUGUUAAUCAUUUCCUUAGAGUAGCUUCUGGCCUUUAGGGAACAAUUUCAUUUGUUAUGGUUUGUUUUCUGUUUAGGAGAUUCAUUUCAUUUUCUUCUGACUUUCAGAGGCCACACUGAAGGCGAUGAAAGAGAAGAAAGAAACUGAAGUACAGGAACCUGAGCCUGAGCCAACCACAGAAGUUUUGUUUCUUUGUAGCUAUGAAGGCUGUGGAAAGACUUUUAUUGAUGCUGGAGCAUUGAGGAAGCAUUCACAUAUACAUGGAGAGCGACAGUUCAUUUGCCACUAUGACGGUUGUGGAAAGAAAUUUUUGGAUAGCUCAAAACUGAAGAGACACUUUCUCAUUCAUACUGGGGAGAGAGAUUUUGUGUGCCCACAUGAAGGCUGUGGCAAGGCUUUCUCACUGGAUUUCAACCUUAGGUCGCACAUGAAAACACAUUCACAGGAGAACUACCACAUAUGCCCAUAUCCAGACUGUGGCAAGCGAUAUGCACACGAGUACAAACUAAGAAAUCAUAUCAUGUCUCAACAUGAGAAGAAUAUGAAUAUGGUGGCAGAACUUCCCAAGUAUACCACGCCUGAACAGAAGCCAGUUAAAACUCCAAAAGCUUCUACUGCUGGAGCUUACAACUCCCCAUCGUCAGACCGCCCUUAUGUCUGUCCAUAUGAGGGCUGUGAGAAGGCCUACAUCCAUGAGUACAAGCUGAAUCUUCAUUUAAGAAGAGAGCACCCUGGGCAUUUCAAGGAAGAGACUCCAAAGAAUGUCCAACCGACAGCUGGGAAUGACGUGGAUGAAGCAAGUGAUCAUGAUGCAUAUGCUGCAAAACGGGGGAAUGAAAAAAUGCAGAAGCAAAGUAGGCCAAAGCCAAACCUAAAAAUGCCUCCGCCAAAAGUUUCUCAACGGAAAAGCUCCAAUGCCAAUGCUUCUUCGGCAGCAAAUUUGAAAAAGGCUUGGUUGCAAAAAGAAGUGUUUGAAGAUGAUGAUAGUGAAGAAACAGAGGAAGAGGAGGAACGCGAGGAUAAUUGGAGGUAUCGUGCAAACGAAGAAGAUGAUGAAGAGACAGAGUAUGAGGAUUAGGUUAUUAUAUUUAUACUUAGACUAGACUAGUUGAUAGUUAAUACUCAGGUGCACUUAUGCGCCAGUUUUUCCUUUUUCCUUUUUGUUUUUUUUAAUCAAUGUUGAUGAUGCACAUACAGAGCCAAGGAAUUUUUAGCUCUUGUUGUACGUUCAUAGAAGCAUUUUUUCCCCUCUCAAUUUGUUGUAGUUUCUGGUGGGGAAUGGACUGCCUGUGCUCUUCUUUUGUCAAAUGUGUACUUAGGUAAUCUCACUCAUUCCAAAUUUUCACCUUUAGUUGAUUAUUGAUUAGCUCUUCAAUUCUUU